AUGCAAUUAAUACUGAUCGCUGCCGCCGUCGUUGCUGUUGCCGUCGCCGGCCCAGCCCGCUUCGUCAACCCCGGCGUCGCCGGACCCGCCGAAAUCAUCGACAUUGACCCGAGCGAAGUCAUUUCUGUUGGACCCGCAAUCGUCGACUCUCCCAUCUCUGUUGGACCCGCUAUUGUUGACGACUGGGAAGAUUCUCCGAUCUCUGUUGGACCCGCUAUCGUUGAAGAAGAGUCUCCUAUUUCUGUUGGACCUGCUAUCGUCGAAGAGGCUCCCGCUGCCGUGCCAGUAUACAGCUCCCCCCUCGUUCAGGUUAUCGUCAACGUCAACUCUGGCUCCAUUUCUGGUAACCCAGUCGUUGUAGAGCAACCAGAGAUCGCUCCUACCCCAGUGAUCGUCGUUGAACAGCCCGAGAUCGAGACUUCCCCAGUGAUCGUCGUGGAGCAACCCGAAAUCAAGCCUACCCCAGUAAUCGUUGUGGAGCAUCCAGAGAUCUCUGAACCAAUCGUCGUAGCUCCCAUCGAAGUCCCUGAAAUCGACCCUACGCCAGUUGAUGUCGUCGAACAGCCUGAGAUUUCUGAACCAGUCAUCAUCGCUCCCAUCGAGGUUGCACCCGUCAUCACCCUCCCUGACGACCUCAACUAAAUAAAAUACUCUAGAUAUAAGAAACGUUAAACCACGAAUGUUAACUACAAACUAUCCAGUGGA